CGUCACACCUGUGUCAGUGGUCCACUCAGUGUUAAUUGCCAAAGGACUCUAAUUAAUGUCGCUAGAAAACCACCUGGACGGUAGUGUUUGCUGUGAGUACAGCCUGCGGCGUGGACUCGGUGGCUGUGAGGGUGUUGUUGGUUUAUUUUCGACCGGCGUUACCUCUGGACCCGAGUGGCCUCCUGCUGGGAACCUGCCCUCCAUCCAGCAGCAGCGCCGCACUGACAUUUAUCCAUGCCUUGCCCAGGUUACUACCAACCUUACCAGUUACAUGAAUGUGCUGACCUACAAGCCCACCCAGGGUGGCUUCUACCAGACUUCCUUCAGUCAGGCUAUUGUGUGCACCUAUACCAGACCUGCUGGCUGGACUCCUCCAGUGUAUAACCCUGCACUCGGGGAUGCCGCUGGGUUUGGGAAGCUGGAGUUUACCAUGGGGAUUAUGAAUGAUGACUUCUCAGCCCCACGCACCUCCAGUCUAUUCUUCCUGGGGUCCCCCAUCAACAUUGCAGCUGCAGUGAAGCAGCAAUUCCACAUGCCACUGAUGGUCUACAUGGAAGCGUGUGUUGCUGCAAGCACUCCAGAGCUGAGCCCUUCAAGCCAGACCUACCCGCUCAUCACCAACCAUGGAUGCUUUGUAGAUGGACAGACUGGUAACUCCAGGUUUCUGCCAAGAGUCCAGACCUCUGAGAUCCGUCUGGUUGUCCAGGCCUUCAAGUUUACACAAUGGAAUACAGAUGUCUACAUCCAUUGCCGGUUACUGGCCUGGGACCCUGCCCAGCUCAGUGACCCCACCAAGAAAGCCUGUUCAUUCAACCAGAGAACCAGGAGCUGGGAGCUCCUGGAUAACCCUGGUCGGAGCUCUGUGUGCAGCUGCUGUACCUCCAACUGCAGUCUGAGGAAGAGGAGGGACACAGCUGAGGAAGGGCUGAGACACACUGCAGUGCUGGGACCCCUGAGGAUCCUUCCUGAGGAGCUGUCUGCUGGAAGCGAGGAAUUCUACCAGAGGAGCCCUGCUCUGUCACUGGAGGAGCCCCAGCAGGUUCUGGCCUGGCUGCCUGUCCUGGCUGCUCCCCUGCUGCUUAUGGCUCUCCUGGGAUCUCUGGCUAUUAUGUGCAUGUGGUAUCGUCGUGGACUGUGCUCCAAGUCCAGCAGUGAGCUUCUCAUUCCUGCCCCCACUGAAAUGCACACAGCAGUUGGCGCUGUUUCCAGCAGCACUACAGCACAGCAAUUCUGAUUUCUUGUAUGUUGUAAAAUAAAAAUGACUACAUAAAGAACCUCCUGGUCUG